AUGGUAGGUAUCAUAAAAACAAAUGAUAUUCAAAGCGUUGACAGUGAUUUAUGUGAAUCUAUAACUUCAUAUAUUUAUGAUAGUAAUGUUGAACCUAAGAAAAAAGUUUAUGAAAUAACAACCAUUUAUGAAAAUAAUGUUAAAAAAUAUGCAUGUGGUAAUAAAAUAUAUUCUAAUUACGAUGAAGCAGCAAGAUGUCUAAAGAAAAAAAAUAGGCGUGUAAGAUUUGGUCUUGAUAAAAUUAAACCAUUUAAUAGAUAUGAUCCACCAGUUAAUAUAAAGUAUAUUCCUCCAUCUAAAUUAUCUGUUAUAAAUAAUGGUAUUAUACCAAAUGACGCCUGCGUACUAGGUCUUUUUUCAAAAAAAUGUGUAACGAAUAAUAUGUUUAGUAAUAAAGUAUGGAACAAAAUUUGGGCUGGUAGUGAUCCUAAAUUUUAUUCAAAAAAUAGUUUUUCUCAUUUUAAAUUAAAAUUAUUUAAAGAACUUAAUUUCUAUAGAGCUAUGCAUAAUGCUUAUCCAUUAUUUGUUGAUAAAACUUUAACAUUCUUUGCUCAAUCACAGGCAUACGAGUUGUCUAAAAAUGAAAUGUUAUAUCUUGAUUCUAUAAGUUCAAUGGGUGAAGUUGUUGGUUUUUUAAAUAAAAGGCAUAUAUCUUAUCUUAUGAAAAUGUGGUAUGAUGAAAUAUUGUGGCAUAAUUUUAAUUUAGAAGUUGCUCAAGAAGAAUCAUAUGAAUUUUCAUCUUUAAUGUGGAAAACUACCAAAUUUAUUGGAAUUGGUAUAGUAGAAAGAGGUGAUUUUAUUUAUAUAUGUUUGAAAUUAUCUCCUAAAGGAAAUAUUAAUGGUCUUUUUAAAAAUAAUAUUUCUAAAUCAAAAAAAUUAAAGACAUAA